AUGAGUCGAUUUGCUGAUACAGAUGCCUCAUCUACAAGACUUCCACCAGUUGUCGGUUAUCAAGAUGAAAAACUUGUUACACUUGAAAAAGCACUAGAAGCAUUGCAGUCUGAUAUCAAACAACUACCUUAUUAUAUAAAGACAGCUAAAAAGCAUUGCCGUUAUCCGUCAGAGCAUGGACUAACAAAGGAUCAAUCAGCUGCCAUUUACAUUUAUUCGAUGGAAUGGGGUGAUACUACUCUAUAUCGAGUUUUAAAUAACGCACUGAGAUCUGAAAAUCGGCAAGCAUUAAAAAUAUGGUUUCCAUUUUUAAAAUUAUUUGAUACAGCAUUGGAGAAGUUACCUACUGUAAAAGAGGUGGUAUGGAGAGGUGUACCUCUUGACAUUGGUGAGCAUUACAAGAAAAACCAAAUUGUGACAUGGUGGACCAUGAAUUCAUGUACAUCAUCGGUUCAAGUUAUUAAAAGUUUUCUUGGUAACGCAAAAAAUUCAACACUUUUCCUGAUUGAAGCUAUCAAUGGAAAAAGGAUUUCUGGAUACACAGCAUAUGAAAGCGAAGAUGAAGUUAUCUUACCAACGGGUUCACAAUUUCGAGUGAAGAGCGAUGUUUUAGAGCAAUCACAUGGCUCAAAAGUAGUUCACUUAGUUCAAAUUGAUGACAACGAUAGUGAGCCUUUAGAAUCGGCUAUGAACACGAAGCGACCGAUGCCAAAAACAUCGAAUAAAAGUAAGUCGGACAAUUUUCUUGGGUUGUUUUCUUGACAAAAUAACGUUUUUGCAUGAUAAAUACCUCAAGUAAUCGACAAAAUGCCCUGAAUAGUGGUUAUUGCAUGAAACGAGUGUAGUAUGAAGAAUAGGUGACUUCUAUAACGCUUUUUUCCUCAAUAACGUGCACCAUCCAAACCAUCCGAAAUAACCCGUGCAAAAGAAUUAGAGGUAAAAUUAGAUUAUAAUCUCCCCAAGAAAAAAAAGCUCCUUUUUUUAUUAGCUCGUUCUCCUCUAUCUUUCAUUAUUAUAUCUUCAUUUACGUAUCCAUGGACGGAACAUGGAUUAAACUACAUAUAUAUAUAUAUAUAUCCAGGCGAGCAAAAAAUAAGGGGUGACGCCCGACAUGCCUAGUCUAAAUUGUCCGUAGUACUCGUCUGGACUAGUCUAAAAUGUCUGCACCGCCGUUUGGACUAGUCUGAAAUGAUUUGCAGCUAGUCAGGACUAGUCGCCUUCACAAGCAACGUCUUGCAUCUGAAAUAGACUAGUCCAAAACAUGCUCUAAUCUUGUCACGACUAGUUCAUUUUGUAUGUGCAUACUGUCCAGACGCGUCAAUUUGAAGGCAAAAGCUAGAAGAAACGGAGGCGAUAGGUGGAUUCGAACAUUCAAGCCGACAAUAUUGGAUACCUGACUAGUCUAAACUGUUUUCAAUAGGUAACGCGGACUAGUAUGAAGAGUCAUCGAUAUUGAUCAUGACUAGUCGUUUUUGAGAAAGUAAUGCCACUUCUGGUCCAGGCUAGUCUAUCCUUCCAAACAGUCUUUAUUGCUUGGACUUAAUCAUUCGGACAAUUCGUUUAGACUAGUUUGUAUUGGGACUAGAACGAUGUAUCUAAAGAGAGUUGGCUAUUUAUGUUCUUUUAAAUUUUUAAAUUGUAAUAACAAUCGAAUAAUUUUAUUCGAAAAAUUAAUUUUAAUGCAUUGAUAUGAGGAUAUUAUUUUAUUUCAAUAUAAAACCUAAUGAUUUGUAUUUAAAAAUGGAUUUAAACGGUAGAAUCAUAGUUCAUUUUCAAAUUUAAAUAGGAAAUAUUUUAAAUUAAGAUAAACAUAAACCAUGAGAUGAAAAGCAAGAUCUUUUUUUGAAAUAUAUAUUAUUAUUUUGAUUUUGAUUUAAAUUUGAAUUGUUUUUUCCAAUAGAAAAUAACGUUUUCCAAAUGUCGAUAAUCAAAAAAAAAUUCUGUUGAAGGAAAUUAAAAAAAUUCUGAAUUAAUUUUGCUUAGCUUUAUGUAACUAAUUUUCGAUUUUAUUACAAGUAGUUUCUAUAAAUAUUAAAACUUGAGAAAACGCUGAGUCAAACUGUAGUAAUUAGUGUCUUCAGAUGUGUAUUGACAUGUAAAAGUUGAUCACUAGAUCAUAUGGCUCAAUCGGGUAGACGACGAGUAAGUAACACAAGGUAUGCAUGUACGAAUCUAACUUUCUGCACAUAUUUCUAUCAUUUAGACUAGUCAGAACUAGACCGCUACAUAAGACUGAAACCUAAUAGAUGUCGCGUCACAGGCGCUCUGCUUUUUUAAAUUUAAAAUCUAUUUUCGGACGGGAUGCCCAGACGGGGUUAAAGAUUCCAAACCAUUUUGGACUAGUCAUGUAGUAGGACUUUUUGAGAAAAAGACUAGACAUGACGCAUAGUCACGACUAGAAAAAUGACUAGUCUUUUUAACCGUCCUUUGUUCGCCUGGAAUAUAUGCAGUACAUUUGACUGACUUAGUGCUUCAAAUUUGUUCGACAUAUACAAAAAUGUCUCAUUUCCGUGACACUGAAUAAACAAAAAUAAGAGUCUCUUGAAAACCAAAAAAGGUUUUUUAAAGAAAGAACUAAUCUACUGUGCACGUCAAAAGUCUCGCACCACUUUUUUCUUUUGAGCCGUCUAUUAAAACU